GUACCCAGGCUUGAGGUAGGGGGCGCAAACUGGGUCAUCUUCAAGGACCGUUUGCUGUGGGCCGCGGAUGCGAAGGGCGUGCUGGGGCACCUCGACAGGACGUCGAAGGAGCCAGAAGCGCCGGCGCCGAGAACAGCGGCCGCUGCAACAGCGGGCGAUGGAAGCGCGGGCGGCGCGGCAGGCCAGACUGGUCAGGCUACCGCGGAGACUCCCGACCCGGCGCAGACGAAAUACGAUACCGAUAUCGUCGAGUGGCGCAAGCGCGAGGCGACGGCAAAGCAGUUGGUCGCCAGCACGAUUCCCGACUCGCUCUUCAUGAAGGUGCGCGGCCGCGCGACGGCGUGGGCGAUCUGGGAGGCCAUCGCGGCUGAAUUCGAGAAGAAGUCGCGCAUGUUCACAGUCAACCUGUGGCGACGACUCCAGGACCUGCGCUGCGGGGAAAAGGACGAUGUCAGAACUCAUUUUGCGAAAAUGCGUACCAUUCAUGAAGACCUCGCGGCCAUGGGCCAGCCCCCGUCCGAAGACGACUUCUACGCCAUCAUCCUCGGCUCGAUGCCUCCCUCCUAUGAACCGUACCUGUCUGCCCUUUCUGCGGCGAUGCGCGCGACGGAUAAGCUUCUGUCGCCCGACGACUUGAUGGACGGCUUGACUGAGGAGUACGAGCGCCAACUUUUGAGGUCGCGCGGCGGCCAGAGUCGAGACGCAACGGAUGUCGCAUUGACCGCCAAUGAU